GACAGUCUGCCAGAGAAAGGGGAAGAUGGCGAGAGGAGGCGGGAGCCUGAGAAAAGUAGCGGAGUGCUUUAAGCGGUUACCUUCCUCUGCAGCCAGCCGGGAAUUACAAGCUAGGAACAACGUCAGAUAUCUGUCAUCAUGUGGGAUCUUGAUGACGCGAGUGCCUCCCUGGCUGGGUGCAGCCGUGCCAGGGUGUGGCGUCCUGUUGCCCGGGCGCAGUUUCUUCAACCUUGCUGAUUCCUUCUCCAAGAGGAAGGAGUACUCGGAGAGACGCAUCAUUGGGUAUUCCAUGCAGGAAAUAUACGACGUGGUGGCCGGCGUGGAAAGCUACCGCCACUUUGUUCCCUGGUGUAAGAAAUCUGACGUGGUGUUCCAGCGAGCUGGUUUCUGCAAGGCCAAACUAGCCGUGGGCUUUCCUCCUGUAGUGGAGAACUACACCUCCCUUGUCACUACAGUACGCCCCCACCUGGUCAAGGCUUCCUGCUCAGAUGGUAAACUGUUCAACCACUUGGAGACAGUUUGGCGCUUCAGCCCUGGCCUCCCGGGUUACCCCCGUACCUGCACUGUGGAUUUUGCCAUCUCCUUCGAGUUCCGUUCCCUCCUCCACUCCCAGCUCGCUCACGUCUUCUUCGACGAGGUGGUGAAGCAGAUGGUUUCGGCGUUCGAGCGUCGCGCCUCCAAGAUCUACGGCGCCGAGACGCCUAUCCCUCGCGAGCUCAUGUUCCACGAGGUUCACCACACGUAGCGCCGCCGCUGCCGCACAAACACAGAUACGCAGAGAAACACUAAGCCCGAUGCCAAUGCCAGAGAGAAAAAUGAGAGAGGGGGAAGUGUAGACAGAGAGAAGAGACUACCCGUGUUCUAACUGAAAACUGCCGCAGUGCCUUUCUCACAGCAAUGACCGAGUUCAUUCCCGACAAUGUCCUAUCUCGUUUUGUAUAACUGAUGUGGAUCCACCUGCCAAUUUUCAGCUUGGUGCUAAACAUUCAGAUUUUUUUUUCACUGUCAUUUCCAUCAUCAGAACUUAACCCCUGCCCGGUCGUGAAACCGAGUUCGCAGGUCACGAGCGCGAGGUGAAGCCGUGGCGCAGCGGGUGCAGUCGGUCGCGACUGGUCAAGCGAGUAUGUCACCACAUCAGUAAACAGCAGCUGCACUCAGUGGUCGCCUACACUGCUCUAACCACUGUUUUACUACCACUUGUAGUACAACUGCAGUAGACUUUGAUCCAAAAAGCUGCUGCAGGGAAACACUGCACCAGAGCGUCUUUUGAGUUUUGAGUUCAAGCGAAUGGUUAAUCGGUUUGUCCCUGGUGGAACCCGUUACAUGUACAUGCCCGUCUUUAAUCUCAAGGAUCACAGAACGCUUCCUCUGACAGCUGACCCACACCCGAUAUGAGUCGGGAGCUCAGUGGAAAAGGAUUAUACAGGAUUCGGCGAGAGCUCGACUCAGGUGUGACGAAUUAGAAAAUGGUCAACUCUGUACCUACAACUGAUGUGCAAAUCAUUACGCUCCUUUCCCAGCAAUGAGAAAGUCGUAGUGGGAAGAGUUUAGAGCUGCAACAAACACCUGUUUACAUUAUUGAUCGAUCUGAAGAUUAUUUUCUCGAUUAACCAAUUUGAUCUUUCAUCAAUUUAGACCAUGAAAUGUCCAAGAGUCGUGACAAAUCGACCUUCACAGUUUCUCAGAGGGGACGGUGAUGUCUUCAAUUUGCAACCUUCUAAAAUCCUUGGAUAUUAAAUUUACUGUCAUAUUUGGCAAAGAAAAAUAGCAAACAUCACAUCUGAGAAGCUGGAACCAGAGAAUGUUUGGCAUUUCGGUGAUUAAUCGAUUAUCAAAAUGGCUGCCGGUUAACUUUCUGUCGAUCGACAAAUUGAUUAAUCGACUAAUCGUCGCAGCUCUAGAAGAGUUGGGCCUUGGAUCCACAGCUCAGAACCACAUUGCCCAAAGCUAUGUCAACAGAGACCACAGUAGAGCUGCGACGAUUAGUCGACUAAUCAAAAAUAUCAAAACUCACGCAGCAACUAUUUCAGUAAUUGUUGUUGUCAUUUUUUUAAGCAGAGAUGUUGUAGAUCUGCUGGUUCCAGUUCCUCAAAUGUGGGGAUUUAAUGCUUUUCUUUGUCACAUGCGACAGUAAACUGAACGCUUUGGGUGUUGGACUGUUGGUCAUCUGAAGGCAUCACUAUGCAUUGUGGGAAUCUACUGCGGGCAUGUGUCACUAUUUUCUGACAUUUUAUAGGCAAAUUGAUCAGUUGAGAAAAGAAUUAACCCAUGCAUUCAUUAGCUUUACCGCUUGUCCUUUGAGGGAUGCGGGGGCAGUUUAGAGUCUAACUAAAUUAACCUAACAGAAAUAAUUAACCAGUAAUGAAAGUAAUCGUAAGUUACAGCCCUAGACCACAAUCCUUUUCUUUUAGCAAAUGGUUAUUCAGUCUAUGGUUACAGCAGUGCAGCAGGCCAACGACAAUAGCUCGUUUAUUACGACACAUUUUUCAAACUUCUGCGGUUCUUGAAGAACAAUAGAAAUGGAAACAAGAGCUCAUUUCAGUACUAACUUCAGUACCGUAUACGAUUCCAUUAGACAGCCGGGGCGGGUAUUUUGCUUAUGUGUCAUGUCCGUGCUAGCGCUCGUCCCACAGGAGCGUUUUGAUGAUGUGAUGACAAAACCGGCGAGACCAGCCAAUGCAAGACCACGGUCCAAAUAGCGUUAAAACCUUGAGAUUUGUCUGUGACGACUUGAACGUGACGAGCAAAGCAGCAACAACAACAAUAACAGAAAAAAGAUGUUAUGUCUAAACUAGGCAUCGUCGGUUUCUAGGUAUUAGGGUUUACCCUGAAGGUGUGACUUUAACUUCCUGCCGAAAAGACUCGCUCCAUCUGAACAAAUGUUCCGCAGAGCGUUGAACACGCUCACCCUGCAACUCUCCAAGCCAAAGCCGGACAAAGCAAAAAGUUGUCUCACUGGUAAAAAAAAAAACCUGGAUGAUUAGGUCCACCGCAUUCAAGGAUGAUCCACUCCUUUUUUGGCUGGUUUAGUUUUCUAUUCCACAUUUUUUUUUUUUAAUCAUUUUUUUUACAAAUUUUUCUACAAGACCAACUUUAACUAAACAGGAUAUAUUUUUGCCAAUGAGAGUUCACCUAUUCCUAUUUUUAUUUAACGCGUUCGGCAUUGAGCGGGACAUUCUGCUAUAAUGUAAUGUGAAACAGAGAAGUUUCAAGUAAGACAGCUGAAAAUAAAAUUAAUUUUUUACAACAGGGAACUUGGCCAACGGAGGACUACAACCUAAUAUAGGUCAAAAGCAUUAAAUCCCAGCAACACCCGUCCAUAUGAUUAGUUUCAGACAGAACUGCAGGACUUCUUCUUUUGUAAUUAAUUAAUUACUGAUUAUUUUUAAAUAGCAUCAAAUACCGCCCAAGCCUAGUAUAUACACAUGCUGCGAAAACUCCACAAGUCAAAGCGAAACAAACUUGUGGGUAAGGCACCGUAACUCCGCAACCGCGAUUUUAAGAUUUCACCCCCACAGUCUCACCGCAGACAAAUCACCUACUGUACAUUACAAGAAUAUUAUAGUAAGAAUAAAGGGCAGAGGCAGGUUAGACACUGUGUGACUGGACAUUUUUAGUGAGGAGGAUGUGCAGGAGGACGUGUAAAAAGACCGCAGACAGACGUACUAAAUGUACUGUACACUUAUCAGGAACACAUACCUUUGUAUGGGUGUUGAACUUCUAUUUCUCUGUAGGGGGCGGUGUUUUUUUUUUUUCCCCCCUCGAUGUUACAUACUCUAUGCUGUUGUCAUUAUUAAGGGAGUGAUGCUGGACAUAAGAGUUUCUAAAUUAUACAGCAAAGGGUGUUUUUUUGUUUUUUGCCCCCCCCCCCUUUAAGUGUGCAAUAUGAGCAGUAUAAGUGUUAUUUUUAAUUGCAGCUAAGCAAGCGUAUAACCCACUGUCAUUUUAAGGGCCCAAACUGGCUGGUUAAGGCCGAGGGCAAGGGCCCGUAUUUAUCAAACUUGUAUGAAUCACACUCAGAAAUGCUCUAAAUUACCGACACGAGAGGGAAAGAGUUGUCGCCUGCGUCUGAGCAAUAAGACGCAUUCUGUGAGUGACUUUCUGCUACUGUAAAGGUCACUUUUAGUUGAUCACGUGAUUGAUCAGAGAAGGAAUAGCCAAUCAGAGAUAUAGCUUGACCUGCCACCUGCCGUAUUGUCUAUUCUGUAAAAAAAGAAAAAGAGAAAAAAAAUCCAGUUUAGUCAGUGGUGUUAUUCUGCACAAACGUUUGUAAUUAUAAUUUUUUAAAAUGUUCAUUGCAAUCAAACAAAUAUAAUCAACAUGGAAAUUUGGUAACAAUCAAACAAUAUUUUGAAUGUAUAAAUACAUAAAUAGGGAUGAAAUAACAGGAAUUCUGCUGCAACACUUUCAUUCUACAUUUUGUUGGUGGACGAGGUGCGUCAGAGAAAUCAUAAAAUGAGCAGAAUUUAGUUCCCCUCUGACAAGUGCAAUCUAAUCAAACUAAUGAGGAUGUUUGAACCGUGACUGGAAAUCAAAUUAAUGCCAGAUUAGAGUUUUUUGUUCUUUGUUUGCAGCCCUGAAAAAUGUCCAAAAAGAAAUGAGAGAAAAUCUGCGAAUGCAAAUAAUGCACUACUCCGUUCUUAAUUAUGCUUAAUCAUGCUGCUUCAGCAAAUUUAUUUAUCAUCAUUAUCAUUAUAAAUAUAUUCAUCAAACAGAAAACGGAGGCUCUGUUUCUGUACUGCAGUCACUGAGUAUCUACCCUGCAGCUCACUGACAUGUGGGAGCAUUUUUUAAGUCAAAAGAGGUCAAGUUAAGAAAUAGUUUUUCUUCUUAGGUUUCUGGGAAGGAGUAAAACAAUGAGGGGUUCCUAUUUUUAUGUUUCGCUGAAGUCCACGUUUUUACUCCCGACAGUUUAAUAAAUACUGGUCACACACCUUGACCUUUUCCAGUCAGUCAGGAUGCUGGCUCAGUGAGUUUAUCUGCCGAGUGCCUCCUGACCUACUGGCAGCAUAUUUAUCUCUGUUUUUAAACAUUAUACUCAUUUCCUUGUAUUUAUUACUUAGUUUAAGUGUAAAUAUUUGUUUUGAGAUCACAAAAAAAGACCUAUAUACACUGCUUUUGAAGAAAAAUUCGUCUGUGUCUGUGUUUUCAUGUGAUGGGGGAAAGGGACUUUUGUGUAAAUGAUGUUUUGUGUCGAAUUACUUCAGAAAGAUGUACCGACUGCAUGAUUUAUAAACUAUUUUUUCUAA